ACGAGUGGCGGGCCUCAGCCAGUCCGUGAGCGGUACCUACACCUUCAAGGUCCGCGUCCUUGAAGGCGAACUCGUCCUCGAUUAUAUCCGCCCCGUGUGCCGCACACGAAGAUCGCCGAGUCUCGCGGCCGAGAGAUUCGCCGGAUCUCCCCUCGCAGGAAAAUCGGGCCCCGCUCCAAUCCCGCUAUCCCCUCCCGCGCCCUUGUCGCCCCGGAAGUGGCCGCCAGGUGCUGCGCCACAUCCCCACCCCACCCUCCUGAUCCAGGUCCCCUUUCAUCCCUUCCUGAGUAGCAGCGUCGUGGGCGAACGAAUCAGUUGAACGGAAGUGAUCGAGGGGUAAAGAGUUGGGUGAUUGCGAGAGAAGCAACAGCUCGUGGCAAGACGUCGAAGACGAACACGAAGACGACGUCGACGUCGCGGAGAGGAAGUUGCGUUCCCCGUCGAGGGUCAGGACGAGCAUGAGGUCCGCGUCGGUGCUGCUCCUGGUAGCAGCUUUCGUCCUUGCCGAGGGCUCGAUUCGAGUGAAGCGUCAGGAGGACAAGAAGGAGGAGAGCUUCGAGAGCGAGAUCUGCAAGGACAAGGAUGCGGGAGAGUGGUUCAGACUGGUCGCAGGCGAGGGUGACAACUGCCGCGACGUUAUUCAGUGCACGAGUUCCGGCCUGCAGGCGAUAAGAUGUCCGGCCGGCUUGUACUUCGACAUUGACAAGCAGACUUGCGACUGGAAGGACUCGGUGAACAACUGCAAGCUGAAGAACAAAGAGCGGAAGGCCAAGCCCCUGCUCUACACCGAGGAGCCGCUUUGUCAGGACGGCUUCCUCGCCUGCGGGGACGGAUCUUGCAUCGAGAGAGGUCUCUUCUGUAACGGAGAGAAGGACUGCACCGACGGUUCCGACGAGAACAUCUGCGACAUGGACAACGAUCCGAACAGAGCGCCACCCUGCGAUCCUGUCGUGUGCGUCCUGCCUGAUUGCUUCUGCUCGGAGGACGGCACCACGAUACCCGGCGAUCUCCCGGGCAAAGACGUGCCGCAGAUGGUGACGAUAACCUUCGACGACGCCAUCAACAACAACAACAUCGGCCUCUACAAGGACAUCUUUAACGGCAAGCGCAAGAAUCCGAACGGCUGCGACAUCAAGGCUACCUUCUUCGUGUCCCACAAGUACACCAAUUACUCCGCGGUCCAGGAAAUGCACAGAAAGGGUCACGAGAUCGCCGUCCAUUCUAUCUCGGUAAGGCAUAAUGACGACGAGCGCUUCUGGUCGGACGCGACCGUCGACGACUGGGCGAAGGAGAUGGCCGGCAUGAGGAUCAUCGCCGAGAAGUUCGCCAAUCUGACGGACAACAGCGUGGUGGGCGUGAGAGCGCCGUACUUGCGAGUCGGCGGCAACAAUCAGUUCACCAUGAUGGAGGAGCAGGCCUUCCUCUACGACUCCACCAUCACCGCGGCCUUGAACAACCCCCCGCUCUGGCCGUACACCAUGUACUUCAGGAUGCCGCACCGCUGCCACGGAAAUCUUCAACAUUGCCCAACCAGGUCGCACGCCGUUUGGGAGAUGGUGAUGAACGAGCUGGACCGACGCGAGGACCCUCAGAACGACGAGUACUUGCCAGGAUGCGCCAUGGUGGACUCGUGCAGCAACAUUCUGACCGGUGAUCAGUUCUACAACUUCCUCAACCACAACUUCGAUCGUCACUACGAGCAGAACCGCGCGCCCCUCGGUCUCUACUUCCACGCCGCCUGGCUGAAGAACAACCCCGAGUUUUUGGACGCCUUUCUCUACUGGAUCGACGAAAUCUUGCAGAACCACAACGACGUAUUCUUCGUGACGAUGACUCAGGUGAUCCAGUGGAUUCAGAAUCCGCGCACCAUCACCGAGUCGAAGAACUUUGAGCCGUGGCGGGAGAAGUGCUCGGUCGAGGGCCCGCCGGCCUGCUGGGUGCCUCACACCUGCAAACUCACCUCGAAGGAGGUGCCCGGGGAGACCAUCAACCUUCAGACUUGCGUGCGCUGCCCCAACAACUACCCCUGGGUGAACGACCCGACCGGUGACGGCUUCUUCUAAGUUGCCGCGAGCGCGCGAUCCUCUUUCUCGUCUUCUAAGUCAAGUCCCUCCUUCUCUCCUUUCUCCUCGAUCCUCCCCCCGAUCCUCUCUCCUUCAGCAGACCUCGACCGGACCCAAUGGCGUCGGUCGAAAACGCGUCGCGAGUCUUCGCGCAGUCCGACACAUCGCCGGAUAACGUUGACCGACGCAUCAGCCGAGUAUCCUCGAGGCCUUCGAGAGCAACGGCGAUUACGAGGCGACGAGGCACACGGGAGAUGAGAGGGGGGCAAGGUCGUCGUUAGUCCGUUAGACUCCGGUGACCAUUCUAGUUGCCAAUAUUUUGCUGUUUUUUUUUUUUU